AUGGUCUCGACAUCCACCGUGCUGACGGCUUCCGUCGCAACUGCCGCAACUGGCGUCCUGGCUUACGUUGCCUACUUCGACUACCAGCGAAGGAACCAAGCCGACUUCCGCCGCAGCCUGAGGAGGAACGAACGCAAACAGGUCCGCGCCGAGAAGGAGCAGGCCGAAGCCUCAACCCAGAGGCAACGUGCCGCCAUCAAGUCCCUCAUCGACGAUGCCAAGGAGCAGGGCUUCCCCUCGGGUGUCGAGGAGCGUGAGGGCUAUUUCAAUGAGCAGGUCAUGACCGGCGAGGUUCUCAGCCAAGAUGCCUCCAAGAAGGUCGAGUCAGCUCUCGCAUUCUACAAGGCCCUCAUGGUCUACCCUGCCCCUAGCGACCUCAUCAAGAUUUACGACAGCACCGUUCCCAAGCCUAUACUUGAUAUCCUCGCCGAGAUGAUUGCUUACGACUCGAGCUUGGAUAUCCGCCCUCGCGCUUCCAGCGCCGGUGCCGGCCCCGCUGGCAUCAACCUCAGCGACAUGCCCAGCGUUGGCCUCGACUAA